AUGACGUCCGACCUCUACGACUCGGACGAUGCCAUGGGCCGGUCGCCUCCACCGGUGGCGGUGAAACCCAAGUUACAAGCGGACGAACCCCUGCCGCCGUUCGUUCCCAAAUCCGACGAUGCUCCCGACAAAAGCGAAGGCGACAAGGGAACGCCAGACCGUUCCCGUAAGCCGCACUGGCCGGAAUCCCAGACUCAAACGCGUCACGGCGACUCGGUGCUGAUCAAUUUUUUAGCCCCAGACCGUCCGGAUAUUGCUGCCUAUGCGCGCGAGAACCCGUUGACGGACGGGCUCAGGCAGGAUCGGAGUUCAGAGGAGAGGAAGCCACCGGCACCGUGGGAGGGCACGAGGGGGUCAACUUUGGCGACGACUCCCGCGACAGCAACGAUAGCGGCACCAACACCGACACCGACACCGACAGCGUCAGCGACAGCGACGGCACGGACGACUAUAGCCACCCCGGCAGCACCGCCAGAACAUUCUCACAAAGAGGAGGGACCGGACUAUUCUGCAAAGGACCACGAGCGAUCACUAUCUCCACGCAACAAGUUCCCCACCACGCUACCCCCACCGGUACCGUGUGCGCCGGUGGAUAUCAACAACAACAACAACACCCACCUCCACGGCUUCAAGUCUCCGCCUCAGCGUCCGCAUCGUCCCAGUGUGUCCACUCUCACCCAACCAGACCGCAGACUUUCGAUCGACCAGCCUCAGCCUCCGCCUCCACUCAGUGACAUCAAACGAUCCCCCGACCUCAGGAAUCGCAUCUCCCUACCGUCUCUGCCGUCUCUCCAGGCACUGUCUCCUCCGUCCUCUUGCGCCGGCACCUCCCCCGAUAGCGGCAAUAAUAACAACCAGAUCCUGCCUUCUAUCCAUUCGGCCCUCAGUGGUCUCUCCUCGAGCGACUUCCCUCCGGCGCGACACAAUGGGCUCUCACCCUAUUCCUAUCCUCCAUCCGCGACGUCACAAAAUGAUUCGCCUCACGAUCGUCAACUGCCGAGGCAAUUCUUCCCCCAGCAAAUACCACCCAGCCCAUUCUCGCACUUUUCCCCGGUGAGCCUCAAAGAUGCGUCAAAUAACCCGUCCCCGGCGUCGCAGCCAUCGUUUUGGAGACCGCCAGUACCUCCGGUCACACAACCUCCUCCGCCUUCGCAGGCUGCGGAGACCCCGCACCACCCGCCGACUCCUUACGACAUGUCUCCCAUGACCACGAAAAGCCCCGCAACGAGCUAUCCGACGCCGACUGAGCAGAUUGCUCCGACUCCCCCGGCUGGUGUUUGCGAACGAACUGCGUUCAGCUCUACCCCGCAAGCCAACGGAGUCGCGACGACGGGCAGCUACAAGUGCACCCAUCCGGGAUGCACGGCACCGCCUUUCCAGACGCAGUAUCUGCUCAACUCGCAUGCGAACGUUCACUCGCAAGACCGGCCACAUUUCUGUCCAGUCGAUGGCUGCCCUCGUGGUGUAGGAGGAAAGGGCUUCAAGCGCAAGAAUGAAAUGAUGCGACACGGUCUGGUGCACAAUUCGCCGGGCUAUGUCUGUCCAUUCUGCCCGGAUCAGCAACACAAAUACCCCCGCCCAGACAAUCUUCAACGACAUGUCCGCGUUCACCACGUCGAUAAGAAUAAAGACGAUCCGAUCCUCCGGCAAGUCCUCGCGCAGCGGCCGGUAGGCAGCACCCGAGGGCGGCGGCGGAGGAUGAACUCCGGAUGA